GUGUGUUUGUGUGUGUGUAAAUGGCUCCUCCUAAAACAGUAAAUCGAGAUCGGAGCUCUCGGUCCGGAGCGCCUGGACAGUAAAAACCCUUUUCCCGGAGCCCAGCCCUAGCAGAUUCUCAGUGCAAUGCACUUGAGGCUUUUAUUUACAUUCUCCGAGCUCAGCACAGUGUAGGGAUCCAGAGGAAGGGGCUGCAGCGGUGUGUGUUUACACCAGAAACCCGUCAAAUGAACUCCGUCAGAGCGACGAGCCGCAGACCCCGGCGAGUGUCGAGGCCGCGCCCGGUGCCGCCGGACAGAAACAACGCAGAAGGAGAUGAGGAAGUGCCUGCCGAGAUGGUUGCAGAAGAAUCUGGUCAAGGUGCUCAAAAUAGUCCGUACCAACUACGAAGAAAAUCUCUGUUACCGAAGAGAACAGCUUGUCCAACCAAGACCAACAUGGAGGGUGCUUCCACAUCAACAACAGAAAACUUUGGGCAUCGGGCAAAACGUGCCAGAGUGUCAGGAAAAUCACAAGAUCUGCCUGUCACCCCAGCGGAGCAGUACCUGCAGGUGAAGCUUCCGGAUGAAGUGGUUCUGAAGAUCUUCUCCUAUCUGUUGGAGCAGGACCUGUGUCGAGCGGCCUGUGUGUGUAAACGCUUUACUGAACUGGCCAAUGACCCCAUCCUCUGGAAGAGACUCUACAUGGAGGUGUUCGAAUACACGCGUCCCAUGAUGCACCCCGAGUCCGGGAAGUUCUACCAGAUCAACCCUGAAGAGUAUGAACAGCCCAAUCCCUGGAAGGAGAGCUUUCAGCAACUGUAUAAAGGCGCUCACGUCAAGCCCGGCUUCGCUGAACACUUCUACAGCAACCCGGCCAGAUACAAGGGACGAGAAAACAUGCUGUAUUAUGACACCAUUGAAGACGCUCUGGGAGGAGUUCAGGAAGCACACUUUGACGGUUUGAUAUUUGUCCAUUCUGGGAUCUACACGGACGAAUGGAUCUACAUCGAGUCGCCCAUCACUAUGAUAGGAGCUGCGCCGGGGAAAGUAGCAGAUAAAGUCAUCAUCGAGAACACUAGAGAUUCAACGUUUGUGUUCAUGGAGGGGUCCGAGGACGCGUUUGUAGGAUAUAUGACAAUAAAGUUCAAUCCUGAUGACAAAUCAGCUCAACAUCACAACGCUCAUCACUGCCUGGAGAUCACCGUCAACUGCAGCCCCAUCAUUGACCACUGCAUCAUCCGCAGCACCUGCACAGUGGGCUCUGCAGUGUGUGUGAGCGGCCAGGGAGCGUCCCCCACCAUCAAACACUGUAACAUCAGUGACUGUGAGAACGUGGGGCUCUAUAUCACAGACCACGCACAGGGCAUUUACGAAGACAACGAGAUCUCCAAUAAUGCACUCGCAGGGAUCUGGGUGAAAAACCACGGCAAUCCCAUCAUCCGACGAAACCACAUCCAUCACGGCAGAGACGUCGGGGUGUUCACGUUUGACCACGGCAUGGGUUACUUCGAGAGCUGCAGCAUCCACAGGAACAGGAUAGCAGGUUUCGAGGUGAAGGCGUAUGCUAACCCUACGGUGGUGCGCUGCGAGAUCCAUCACGGACAGACGGGUGGCAUCUACGUGCACGAGAAGGGCCGAGGCCAGUUCAUCGAGAACAAGAUCUAUGCAAACAACUUUGCGGGCGUAUGGAUUACCUCAAACAGCGACCCCACGAUCAGGGGUAACGCCAUAUUCAAUGGCAACCAGGGCGGUGUUUACAUAUUCGGCGACGGCCGAGGACUCAUUGAAGGGAACGACAUCUACGGUAACGCUUUAGCUGGAAUCCAGAUCCGGACCAACAGCUGCCCGAUCGUCCGGCACAACAAGAUCCACGAUGGACAGCACGGAGGCAUUUAUGUGCAUGAGAAGGGUCAGGGAGUGAUCGAGGAGAACGAGGUGUACAGUAACACGUUAGCCGGUGUGUGGGUGACCACGGGAAGCACACCUGUACUGCGCAGAAACAGGAUACACAGCGGGAAACAGGUGGGCGUUUAUUUUUAUGAUAACGGUCACGGUGUGCUGGAAGACAAUGACAUCUAUAACCACAUGUACUCUGGAGUUCAGAUCAGAACUGGCAGCAAUCCCAAAAUUAGGCGCAAUAAGAUCUGGGGUGGACAGAACGGAGGAAUUCUUGUUUACAACUCAGGUUUAGGCUUUAUCGAAGACAACGAGAUCUUUGACAACGCCAUGGCCGGGGUUUGGAUCAAGACCGACAGUAACCCCACGCUCCGCAGAAACAAGAUCCACGACGGGAGGGACGGAGGGAUCUGCAUCUUCAACGGAGGACGAGGACUGUUGGAGGAGAACGAUAUCUUCAGGAACGCUCAGGCUGGAGUCCUCAUCAGUACUAACAGUCACCCUGUGCUGCGCAAGAACAGGAUAUUCGACGGCUUUGCUGCUGGUAUCGAGAUCACGAAUCAUGCGACGGCGACAUUAGAAGGCAAUCAGAUCUUCAACAACCGCUUCGGUGGAUUGUUUCUCGCGUCUGGCGUCAACGUCACGAUGAAAGACAACAAAAUCAUGAACAAUCAGGAUGCCAUAGAGAAAGCAGUGAGCAGAGGUCAGUGCCUGUACAAGAUUUCCAGUUACACCAGCUAUCCAAUGCACGAUUUUUACAGGUGUCACACCUGUAACACCACAGACCGCAACGCCAUCUGUGUGAACUGCAUCAAGAAGUGCCAUCAGGGGCACGACGUGGAGUUCAUCAGACACGACAGGUUUUUCUGUGACUGCGGCGCAGGGACUCUGUCGAACCCUUGCACACUAGCUGGAGAGCCGACGCACGACACAGACACACUGUACGAUUCAGCACCUCCUAUAGAGUCCAACACACUUCAGCACAACUGAACCCAGACCAGAGAGAUUACACGCUAGAAAUAAUUCAAUUUGAUUCAGAGAAACUCUUUGAGGAAAGAAAGAGAGGAAACAUUUCUAUUUAAACAGACGUGGAGCUGUGGUUUCUCCCUGCCGCUCUCGGACUCAGGAUUUCUGGGGAAUGAGGACGAUCUGAGCCACACGAGAGGAACGGACCCAGAGCGGAUAGACUCGAUGCUUUCCAUGCAGCUGUCACCGCGCUCUUGUAUAUGUACAGAAAAAAAAUGACCCAGCACUUCAGUUCUGCUUUCAUUUAGUUUUUUUUAAAGAGGUUUGAUUUUAAUGCUUUCUCAUGUAGUUUUGUAUUUUCAAGCAAAAAUCUUAAAUGUACUUGAAUGUCUUUUUAUUUUAUUAUAAGUGUAUUAAUUUCAGGGUUGUUUAUACCUUUGAUCGCUGUGUUUGUUUUCAUGCCGCAGGAUGUAUGUUCUUUCUGUGAAAGAGAUUUGAGGAAAAAAGAGAAGAGAGAGAGAAACACUAAGUAUUCUCCAGCAAUGUUUUGAGUGUGAACGUGAUCCGAGACUGGCCGUAACAAUUCGGCUCAUGCAUCGGAAGUGAUUUAAAUGAUUAACCCCGCCCCUUUAUCCUGAUUGGAUGAGGACCAUUCCGUAAGACGCCAGACUUGCGAAAGCACCGUGUUCUCGCGCAGCUUCGCUCCGAAUGCCGCGAGCGAGGUGACGUGAUCUCGAGAGACAUUGCUGGAGAUUUUUAAGAGGCUUCGUGCUGAUCUGAAGCUCUGAUGAAUAUCUGUACAGCUUUUUUUUGUGUGCCCCCCCCCCCCAUCCAUCUGUAUUUGGUGACCGUGGGUUCUCAUACAGCCUGAAUUGUUGUAUGCAUGUUCCAUGACAUCUAGACUUAAUAUAUUGUGAAGUACUCAAUAACCAUUAUGUAGCUGUUAGCAAUUAAUCAAAAGUUUAAUUUCCUAGUCAAAGAGGAACGUGUUACAUUUUUAAAAUAAACUUUAUUAGAUCAU